CCCCGUGUCCUCACAGUAGUCCUCCCAAGAUCUACUUCCCUAGGGAGGGGACCCAGAGAAAAGGUUUUCAAACCAUGCUUCCAGUCUGAGGUUUAUUUUUUUUUUCAGAAUCAACAUCCCUCUUUUGACUUUUUCUUUCCCAUGAUUUGAAAGAGAGGAAAAAGAGAAACAAAUCAUGGAGAAGGAGGCAGUAUAUAGGCGACACCGGCUUGUCCCAGGAUCUCCUCCUUCUGUCACGGCCCCUGGGCUUUACAAAGCGGUCACUGAAGCAUCUGAACUGCAGAGGAGAAAGAGUAUUGGGGGAUUUCCCCCCAAGGGAGACUCUGGGGCCCCCAUCGAGAAACUGCUGCAGGAGUUUGAAGGUGAAGAUUUGGAAAAAGAAUCGAAAGGUGAAGCUGAGGGUAUUAGCUGCCAGAUAAUUCUAGAGGAUGAAAAGGAUGACCAAAAUCAGGGUGACCUAAAACGAUUGGACCAAGACAAAGACAUAGUCAAAGAUAAAGACAAAGAAAAGAUAGAGCAAGAAUCUGAAAAGAAAGAAGAAGGCAAGCAAAUUAAGGAAGAACAGGAUGAAGAAAAGAAAGAUAGAGAGAAAGAAAACUAUGCUCUCGAACUAGAUACCACACAGUCCCUGGGAAAGGGGCUAGAAUCACUAAAGAUAGAUGACAUUCUUCUGAACAGUGAGACACAUCUUAUGAAACCACCUGUUGCCUUUGUAGAGAUUGAUUUAGAAGAACGUGUUGAAGAGAAAAUUGAAAAUACUUUGACAGAAGAGAAAUCAUCCAAAGCAGACGCAGGAGAUAUGUCUGAAGAUGAAUCAAAGACCAUGUGGAUAUGCUGUUUUCCUGUCUCAUCCAAGAAGAAGUCAAAAGAAAAAGCAUAGUAACCUCAUUAGAAGGAAAAGAAGAGAAAAUGAGUUCAACUUUAGCUUCCCUUCCUGCUCAUCUCCAGCGAAUUCAGAAAUCCCUCAAUUUAUAUCAACUUGUUAUACGGAAUUGUUAUACAGAAUUUUGAAUGUCUAGAAAUGAUAAAAUAGGGAUCUAAUUGAUUGUGUGUAA